AUGUUUUCCAGGCUCCUAAAUUCUAAAAAGCUUGCAGAGGAUAAGGAGAACAUCUUCAUACAGUACGGUGGUUGGAGUGUCAAAAUUGUCUGCACCUUAAUCGCAAACUUCCUUGUCCUAUUUAACAAAAAGCGAUUCAUUUGGCGCUCCGUUGAGAGGUUCAGAGAUGGGAAGGAGUGUGAUGCGGCAAAGGCAAUGUCUGAUGUACCAUUGCUGAAUCGAUACGACACCACCACCUUCAGCCUCUUAGUGGAGUAUUGUCACCACGACCGUCAGCCCGAGAUCACGGACUAUCUCCAUGACACCGCCUCCUUCUCCUCCCGCAGUAUUGCACUCAGCGUUGGAGCAGGCGACGUCUCCUGUAUGGAGGAGUACAACUGCCGCGUCUUUGAUUGCUUCUCUCACUAUGUAGAGAAGUUCGUUGACCUGCACAUCCAAGUGGGUACUGCUGAAAUCACGAGGGGAAGGGAGGUGGAGGAGGAGAGGGAAUGGAUGAACUAG